AGGGCCCCUGCUGCCCAAAAGACCCACCCUGGCAGCGUUAAUCAGUUUUAUUUCCCAUUAGAAUUACUGUAGCUUUGGCCUUGGUGGCAAAGAGCGAGGAUCCCUAUUAGCAUGUGAUGAAAUGUGCCAACCUAGGAAAGAAAUACAUUGUAGGUUGAACAGGGAUGUACCUGAAACACAAUUCUCAGGGUUUCCUGGCGAUGUGUUGGGUGUUGCACUCCCCUAACUUCUGGGUUGCUACCAGUGAUUUUCUGAGAAUAUAUUGUGUGAACACAGCCAGUUGAAUUAAAACAAACCCUGGUUAAGCACAACUUGCAGUACCAGUCCCCCAAGUUUUUUAAUUGCAAGUAUUGGAGUAGCUUUCUGUGUUGUGUCUGUUGAAAAGAAAUAUUUUUCUAGUAACUUUGGUUUCACUGGUUAAAUCCUGAUUUAGGUGUUACAGGGAAAUUUCUAUCCAUGUUCUUCUUAGUGCAGUUUUUAUACGUUUCCUGUCUAUUCAUUUUAACAAUUAAAAGUUCAGGGAAAGUUCUCCAGACAUUGGAUUAAUUCGUAAUCUUAUUGCCACCAUAUAUAUGUUUGUACUGGGCUUUAUAGUUUAGAGCCUUUUGAUAGCUCUUUCAACUUUUCUUUUACCAGUCCCAUUAUUUUUACACGUUUUUAUUAUUUCCAUUUAGUUCCCAGGCAUUUCACUUUGAGUGAGUCUAUUUUUCCAUAAAUUAAACUGGAUAUAUGCUGAAGUAGUUUUUGAUCAGUUCAGCAGGUUGUAAAUUGCCUCCUAGGAGUAAAAUCAAAGAUUUCCUUUCCUCUUUUUAUUUGUAUGUGGCUGUGGUUGUGAAAGAUUAAUAAGGUAUAAUAAUUUCUACGCUACUUGAGGUUACACAAUUUCUCGAUAAACAGGUACUGAUUGGCAACAGUAGUUUUAAAAAGCCCAGAUUAAAGAUUUCACAUAUUUGAUAUGAAAAACAGUGCAAUUGUUUAUAGUGCUAUUUAAUUACUGUUAUUUACAUGUUUGUUUUUAUUUUAAUGUAACUCUUCCUCCAGAAUAAACCCAGAGAAGCAGAAGAAAAUUAAAAUUACCUAAUUGGUAAAAGAAACUCCCUUAAAUGAUUGUUUUCAUUUAGUCUUGUUACUUCAGAUAAUAUAAUGCAAAGUUAAUGUUAAGAGAAAAUCUUAUCUUAAAGCAAAUACUCAUCCUGCAAAUACUUAGGAAAUAUUUGCGUUUCUGUGGCUGCUUUAUACACAUUUUUUUUCUAUAUUUUUACUAGAAUGGAAGAUCAGUUUGCCUGACACACAAUACAUUUUUCCACCUUCACGUUACCUGAGAGGAUGUUUCUCAUGAAUACUUCUCCUUUGAUGGCCCUUCCAAGAAAAUGGGAGCCCUUUCCUCAGUCAAGGAAUUGCAGGUAUCCGGUCUGUUUCUCAGAAUCUGAAGAAGAUCUGGCUAGAACAGCUGUCAAUGCCAAAGUCCAGAUGAUCAUAAACAAUUUGCAAAGUGAAGAGGUACCCCUGGAUGCCAGCAGCAAAUAUGGCUGCAUCGUACAGAAAAAACAGAAGGCAGCAAAGAAUAGAGGGCACAAAUUUAGGAGGAAUGACCAGCUGCUACAGGAACAUAUUAACUACACCCUUUGUAGCUAUCCAACAGACUCUGAUGGAAUGGACAUGGAAGAGGGCACAGAGUUUGGACCUCACGCCUUGAAUUCUGACAGUGAUGAUUCUGUCGAUAGAGAUAUAGAGGAAGCCAUUCAAGAGUACCUGCGAAACAAGGGCCAGAAUCUUCCCCCGCUACCAAAUAAUGCCAAGAAUUUGCCCAGUAAGGAUGAAGAUCAUCCAGCCAAACAGAAAUUUCCUUCACACGAUGCAGCUUGUCAUUUAUUCCCUGCUGGUUGUGCUCCCGUCGGUUUGGCCCAGCCGUAUGUCCUUCCUGGUCACGUUGAAGAUCAUGAUGUCUGUUGGGCUUCCUCCCCUUGUAGCGUGAGCAGCGACGACUCUUUCGAAGAGAGCAUAAAAGCCGAGAUUGAACAAUUCCUGAAGAAAAAGAAACAGCAAGCAAGAAGGAAGAUCCCGAGGAGGGAUAAGCCGUUUCACCAGAAAGAAGAGCUUCAAGAGAAGCUAGCCCUCAGUCAGAAGGGCAGCAUGAACAGAGGGAAUCAAAGUUCUUUAAAGCAAGGAGGCAAGGCCUACUUCUCAAAAUGGCAUCCUGAGCUACAAAGCAUUGGCAGGGCUAUGUGCUUGAAGUCAAAUACCAGCGAAGAGCCUGCAGGCUGCAAAAUGGAAAGGCAAACAGGCUUUUCCACUCUGACAGUUCAUGAUUCCUCCUUUCUGGAAGAAAGCAAAAAAAGUGGGAAAAGGCCGAUACUUUGCAAUGCCCGGAGAGAGGCAAGAGUCGAAUGCACAGAUUUAUCUGAUUCGAGUAGCGAUGACGGGAUCGAAGAAGCUAUUCAGCAUUAUCAGCUUGAGAAGAUGAAGAAAGCUGCGGAAUCCAAAGCAGGCUGCGUUUCUUUGCAGAAGGAAGGGUUCAGCACCAGGAAGGCAGAGAAUAUCCCUCCAAGCGUGAGAAGUGCCUUGCCAGAAAUCAGUCCGAAAGCUCAGCGCUGCAAGAGGAAGGACGCCAGCGCGAAGGUAGCAGCAAUAAACACGCCUUGUAACCAUCUGGGGAAAAGCAGGAGGUUUUCUCCUCCAGAAAACAGUUUUGCCAAAUGUGCAGUCACACUUCAGGCUUCAUGUCGAGUAGACACGGCUGCCGAAUUAAUGUGUGCAGAAGCCAUACUUGACAUCUCCAAAACUAUUUUGCCUCUUCCAACAGCAAGUGAUCAUAAACUAUUCUCAACUAACCCUUCCUUUUCUUCGCAGAACGUGCUACCUUCCCAGUACGAAAGUGACAACAAUAUUGUGGACAGUGACGAUAGCAUUGAGCAGGAGAUAAGAGCUUUCUUGGCUGUCAAAGCAAGGACCAAGCAUUUAAUAGCAAAGUCCACUUUCCAAGUGCCUCUGUCAUUGGGGCAGUCCAGGGAACAGACUCAGAGUUCCAAGGAAACGUCCCCCAAAUGCCUAAAACUGCCACUAAAACUGAAUCACAAAAAGACGCUUAAGAGGAAACGUGAAAUAGUCCCCCAGAAUGAAGAUGCACAGUUAAUCUCAGAGGUGGACUAUGUGGAUAAGAAUCUUCCAAAAUCCUCUGUCACCCAACCGAGAAAUGAAAGAACUGGAAAGAUGGUUCUAUAUCCAAAAGGCACAGAAACUCCUGUUCAUUCUACCGGUAUGCCAUGCCCUUUGCCUAACACACCACAUAAUUCUGGAAGUCUGGUAGAAAAUAUCACACGAGGUUUGCAGAAAUACGGGGCAGAUGAUAAAAGCAGCUCAUUUGAUAGCGAUGAGGAUUUGGAUACCGCUAUCAAAGAUCUCCUGAGAUCCAAACGGAAACUAAAGAAAAAACCCAAAGACCAAAGAAUCCACUGCAAAAAGAAAGGCCCAUUUGGUGAUGCUGAAAUGCAUAUUUUUUAUAAAAAUGAGAGAGACAGCCAAUUACAAACUCCCACCUUAUUUAAAAAGUGUCUUGUAGGUUCCAGGAGAGACAUUAGAGAGGGGUGUGUAAAGAAGGGGCCUUUGAGAAAACCGAAAAGUACCAUAGAGUUUGAACCUGAAUGUAAAAAGGAAUACCAGACCAAACCAGCUUCUGGAGCGGAAAUCCAACAGGCCACAAAGACCCAUCCAUGUCUGUGGGCUGUGACAUCCUUGGUGGAUGAGAGCAGUUCUGUAGAUAGUGAUGACAGCAUUGAAGAAGAAAUCCAGAGGUUCUUGGCUGAAAAGGCGAAAGCCUCCACCAGGAUAGGGGGGUUACCAGUUGCCACUGGAGUUGCUGGGAUUUUGAGAGCGGAGAAGCCCCAGGCCACUCUGUUGAAAGCAGAGUGGCAGCUACUCAGGCAAGGAAGCCCUGCCUCAGAGAAAGAGGGUCAAAAGGUGGGCAGGUUGGACCCAACAGGCUCUGAGGUGAGCAGCCGCCAGAGAUGCUCAGGAGAGAAUGAAGAAAAUGCAUCUCACCCCAGUGAACAAGCCAGACCAUUCAUGGAAGACGGGAGCAGCCAGGCUAGAGUGGAAAACCCACCCGUUGCGGACAGAAAGGAGAUGGAGCUGCCUGUAAGAAGAGCUGCAGUCCAAAGAAAGGACAUUUGGGAGGACAGGUUCCAUCAAAGGACCCUCUCCUCCGGAAAAGGCAAAGCGGAGGAGUGUUGUAAAUGGCAAAAUUAUUUUAAGGCUGCGCCCUCUUUCAAAAGGAAGCGCUCGCAGGGAUUCAAAAUGUCCAGCAAAUUUCUAGCAGGUCUCAGUGGUGGUGGGAAUAAGAGGAAAUCUGAGCUUUUAGGCAAAAGACAACAGGACACCAACCUUCCUUUGCUCAACAAGCAUGGAGGGACCUUGGCAACACAUUGGUUUGGGAAGGGGUCUCUGCCGAAAGAGAUUGUGGGCUCCAGAAGUGAGUCAGGGGUAAGAGAAGCAGACCAAGAGACCACCGUAACUACUAAAGUGGUGAACCUGGUCAAACGUGAUAGUGUGGAAAGCCACAAAGGAGAUGCCAGACAAAGCCUCCCUUUGCAAGGGCCUGGCAUAGAAGAGACCAUGAUUAGCCCAGGGACAACAUGUGUUGAAGUCCCUGUUAGGAGAGGGAGACCCCUGGAGUACAGCCCCAGUUGGGAAAAGUGUGAAGUUCCUGAAGACCCUUGUGAUUUAUCCCUCAAAGGAAAGGUGAUUGGCCAAGGUAGUACAGCAGAGGCGCAAGCCCAGAAUCUUCUAGCUGGGCCAAUGAGGGAAUAACCCACUGUCUCCGGAAAAUAAUCCCAGUUCUUAACUGCUUUGUUUUACAGGGUUGGCAUUCUAAAAGGCAACUACAUCGAAAACUUCUAACAACGCUUCUCACCCAAAACUUAAUUAUCUGUGUUGGAAGAGUUGGAAGAGAUAAUAGGUGAAGGAGGGAUCCAGGUUCUUGUUGCAUUAAGAGCUCAGAUCAACCCUUUGUAGUGAACGAAAAUAAAUAAAUACCUCUUGUCACAGAGAUUCGAACCGGGUCAGUAUGGCAAAGCAACCAAAAUGAUAUUUUAGAGAACCUGAAACUGACAGGAGAGGUAGUGACCAUAGAGGUACUAUCCACUAUACUAUCCACACUUAUAACAAAAUACAUCUCCAAUUAGACCUAUCCAGCUUUUACUUUCUCUUUUGAUAAGAGUGGUUUUUGUUUAAUACAAAAAGGGCAAUGCUGGAAGGAAAUCUUUACAUGACAAUUUAUACAGCAUGCUUAACUUUGGUUACUGUAGAUGUUCAUAGCAGAUCACUGUGUUUUCAGGCUAUUUUCUAGUAAGCUUUCCAGGUCCGUGGGGCUCUUCCCCCCUGCAGCCUUCCUGGCCUCAGCUUGCAAGAUUUGGAGAGCCAGGAAUAUGGGAGCCGGGUUGAAGGAAAGACAAUCAGAUGGGAUACAAAAGGAAUGCUAGAAUAGAAGCCCUCUUAUAUCUUCUUAAAGCAGUUAUCGGCAGCUGAGAAAAUGUUACAAAAGAGGCAGAACUGUUAAAAGAAAUGGGCCACUUGUAAAAACACAAUUUGUAUGACUUUCAGUGAUAAAAACACAUUUUAAAAAAACAAUUGUGUCUUUAGAACUGAAAGUCAUACAGAUUUUUUUUUUAAGAAUCGCAUGGAGGCCCCUAUUCUGUUCUGGAAACUUCCUUCAGUUCAAAAUACCAAGCAUCCUUGAUAAUGCCAAAGGGGGGAGGGGGUCCAAGACUGGAAGCACCCUUUUUCAGAUUCUUAAAACAAAAACCUUCAUUCAGUGAUCAUUCUUAGCUUGAUCACUGAAAGGUAGCGAGCUAAAAGAGCAGCCUUAAUUCCAAACUGAAAUUGAACCUGAUCUUUUUCGAGUAGCACUGUUUCUCCCUGUCCAUGCUGCUUUUCAUAGGAUUGAAAUCCUGUGUUGUGUCCAGUUAAUCUGUUUCUUCUGGUAAAUCCUGCUGAACAUUCCUUUCACUGUCAUUCUUGGGAUGAUGGGGUGUUUGUUGGAGCCUUCUGUGUUCACUUCCUGUUGAGUUUCAAAACUUUGUAGCUUGUAAUUUCAAUGCCCUUUGCUUGAAGAUGCACUUUUUAAAUUAAGAAACCUUUGUUUUGUACAUAAGAAAUGGUGUACAUUCAUACAUUUAUAAGAUUUAAUAAACUGAGUUCAGUUCAUGGACCUUUGAUCCAAA